AUGCCGAGGUGGAAAGUGGCUGGAGAUGUGUUUUCAAGUGUUGUUUUCAAGAGGAAACCUCACAGUGUUGUUUUGUGUUACAGAGAGGAACUGCAGGAGGCUUUAUGGUGUUACAUCUCAGAUACGUUCAGCUACAUGGACACGGUGACAGAGUUCUGUUAUAGGCUUUCAAAAUGGAUGCUUGAGAGAGAGACAGAGGUAUCUAUGAUGAUGGACAUCAAAGACAACAUCAACCUGGACUUCAGCCAUGUCACUAAAUCUGAGAACAAAGCCCAGGCCCUGUUUGAACUCACAAAGAGCAAGCUGAGCCUCACUGCAGACAGCAGGUGUGAGGAGCUGAAGAAGGAGCUGGCUACUGUGCUGAAGAACUCUCUGGAAGGCUUGGAGAAGCUCGACUCCUUCCUGGAUGCUGUGGAGCGGCUGGCGGUCACCUCGCUGCAGGUGUUCAUGGAGAAGAACCCGGUGUUACAGCUGCCCCGAGGGAUCAGCCUUGAUAGAGUUCAGGCUGUCAUUACUGCUGCAAGGCUGGUCUGCCCACUGCUCCUUGAGUUUAAGAGAGAUGCAAGUGCCUUCUUCCUUCCCAGCAUCCACAAUGUGGAAGUACUGGCAGCUUCUUUGGACAAAUACAUAUGCAUCACCCAUGAAAUCUGUGAGAGGUUGGAGAAAAGUGCUAUAAGUGAGUUUUCACAGAAGAUGGUUAAGGAAAUGGUGGUUGACCUAACUCUGGAUUUGUCUGAGGACAACAUACAAGCUAUGCUUUGUCAUAUCAGACAGCUCAUUGAUAUCAGGAUGGACCAGCACUUCAGGCUGGUGUUUUUGUUCCAGGAAAUGCCAUGUUCAAAGUUCAUCAGUGAGUUCAGAGAGCGAAAACCCAGGAUGCUGCAGUUUCUGUCCGACCUGGAGGAGACUGCUGUCCAGCUCGACAGGAUGAAGAUGGAGGCAAAGAUUCCUAGUGUGGCCGGCAGCUCAAUGGGGACAGUUGGAGGUGUGCUUUCCAUCGUUGGUUUGACCUUAGUUCCUUUCUCAUUUGGAAUGUCUUUCGUUCUGACCAUGAUUGGGAUCGGGCUGGGAGUGGCCAGCACAAUCACGGCAGCCACAGAGAUUGUAGACAAUAACAACAAAAAAAAAAACAAAGCUAAUGAACUCUUCCAGAAGUUUAUGGAGGAUGUGGAGAGUCUCCAGGCGUGUUUAGAGGGAGUGUCCAGUCAAACAUUCACUGGAAUUGAAGUGAGCAAAUUGGACGUGGUCCUGGGAGUCGGCAAAGUUCUCACUAAAGUUGGCACUGUUGGAAAAGGCAUUGAUUCUAUUGUUGACGCUACCUCUGCUACAGUGGUCAAAAGUGAUGACCUGAUCCUAACUGCUGGUAAGGUGGAAAGCCAGGAAGGUAAGGCAUUACGUAACGUACCCAGGGUGGCCUCAGACAUCCCAUUCAUCUGUAAAGACAGCAUGAGUCUGGCCAAAGGCAGCAAGAGUGACGUCUCAGAGUUCAUCAGAGCCAGAGCUGCACUUUGGCGUUCAGAGCUGGACUCAUGGCAGAAGAUCCAUGACUCCCUGUGUCAAGGCCUGGAGACAUCAGAGAAGACCCAAACUAUCCUGGAGAUGCCAUUUUAUCCACUGGAACGAAAACAAAGCAUGGACAAAAAAUUGAACUUUUCCAGUUGA